AUUUAAAGAGCAACAUAAAACCUAUAAUUUUAACACAUUUUCUUUUUGAGAAUAUAUUCUGCACCCGUUAUUUUUAAAUAUUCUUAAUACAAUUUGCCCCGUUUGAUAAAAAUAGCAAAGUUAGUAAAUACCUACUCCCAGCUGAACUCAGUUACUUCUCACACACCAUUAUUUACAUGGUCAAGGCCAAAAGCAAGGAAACCUUCACAUGUACACUGUUUCUGUCUAAAGAACGUUGAUGCCUAGCAGGUGCUUUUUACUUUCCCUUAUGUUUACAUAUAAACAAACGUAUUAGUGUUCAGCUGUGUUUUAAAAAAGUAACCGUGGAACAACAGACGGCACGAGUGAAAGCGUUGGUUGGAAUGCUAAGUGUUUUACUCCUUUUGUCGUCAAAUGAAGGGGUGGAUGACCGCGUAUGUAACCAAGAAAUAUGGAAUAGAAGUGUCUUAGGAAAAGAAUUGGUUGCUCAGGAGGGAUACCAAACUGUUGAAGGAGGUGGUCCAGUAAGAGGAAAUGAUUCAAAUAUUAGUCCAUCUCCCCCAACUUUUUUGGAGCAAAUUAAGAAAGCCAGAGAAGAAAAUGUGGGAUGUUGCAAUUUUUGCAUGGCAUUUUUCGGUUUGCUGAUUGGUUCAAUUGUAUGGACUCUCGUUGUGGUCGUUAUAGUAACUGUUCCCAUUAUUAUGAUAGUAAUAGGUUCGGAAUACAUUCACAAUUGCCCAGUACAGAAAAUGAUUCCCAUCAGUCUAAUAGUUGCUGGCUCCUUAGCUCUUCUGAGCAACGUCAUCAAUUUCUUAGAUAGAUUCAGAAGGUUCUCUGAGUCUCGUCUACCAAGAAAACACACUGUCAUAGGAUGGAUCAACGUUUUUCUAAACCUAUUUCUUCUGUCUUGGUUUCUUGCAAUGUGCUACUGGGUGUACAGUGCUCCAGUUCAGUUUAAGCAAGAUGAUUUGGAUACCUUUUGCAAUCCACAUCUCUAUGGCUUUGUUUAUUGGUUACUUAAUCUCAUCUUUAUAUUUUUUGGAGCCAUGGUUCUCGUGUCCGCUUUGAUGUUGUGUUGUGCUUUCAUAUGCUGGUGAAAAAGAAAAUAUAAUAUUACUUAUAAUAUAUAUAUAUAUUAACUUUUGUUGAAUCGUCUUUUUAUUUUAUGCUCUUAAGACUGAAGUGCCAUUACGAAGCGGAUCUCAUAUGUUAUUCCGACAAACUUUAAUCGUCAUUUAUUUAUAUGUAUUUUAGCAUUAAUUUUUUAUGACUGUAUAAACUUACAAUGUGAUUUUUUAAAUAAAGCUUUUUUGUACUUUUUA